GUAUUUUGAACAGCUGUCCUUCCUAAGGUCGUAACGUAAGGACGUAAGGAGGUUGAUCACAUGACCGAUGACGUCACAGGGGUAGUAAGUUCGAGGAAACACGUUUGUGAAUCACUUGUGACCCAGAGAGCCGGUAGAGCUGGACGAAAAGAGAGGAUUUAAGUCUCAAUUAGACGGCUGAACACAUAUCCAGAAAGGAACCAUGCCUGUAGAUAUUGCGAAAGGAAAGAAGGCGUUUGUCCAGAAGUGUGCCCAGUGCCAUACUGUGGAGAAUGGUGGAAAGCACAAGGUUGGGCCUAACCUUUGGGGUCUGUUUGGACGCAAAACAGGCCAGGCAGAGGGCUACUCCUAUACUGAUGCCAACAAAAGCAAAGGCAUUGUCUGGAAUGAUGACACCUUGAUGAUCUAUUUGGAAAAUCCCAAGAAAUACAUUCCAGGAACGAAGAUGAUCUUUGCUGGUAUCAAAAAGAAGGGUGAACGCGCAGAUGUUGUAGCAUAUCUCAAGUCUGCAACCUCAUAAAGAACAUUUCCUCUGUGCAUCUUUGCCAUUUUUUGUGCCCUGACAAACUGGUAAAGACGCCCUCACGCUGUUCUUUCAAAACCAGGCACAACUGCAAACAAGAUCUUAAUGGAAUUGGAACGACGAGUUGCCAUCUUUGUCACAGCUGUACCUCUGUUUCUGAUAUGAUCCACAUUUGUGGUGGAACAAGCAAUGCAUAAAUCCCCUGGUUUUAACAGGUUCCAUUUUUCUAUCAUAAAUUAUUAAACCAUAUACUGUGUUCAGAAUGUAGGGACUGAAGGCUGUGUUUUGUUUCCUCGUUGUCAUCCUGAUUGUCUUGAUUUAUUAUGAAUUUGUCUUAAUAAUUGUUGUAUGCCUUAUCUGCUUCCAAUUUUAUGAUGCCUCAACAGUCAUUAAUGUCUUUUCUGAAUUUGCAAGGCUAAUAAAAUUGACACUAAAUGUUA